GGUGACAUCGGGGGUGGCACCGGCGGUGACAUCGGGGGUGGCACCGGCGGUGACAUCGGGGGUGACAUCGGCGGUGACAUCGGGGGUGACAUUGUCACCGUCACCCCCUGGGCCGGUGGCAUCACCAUCACUGUCACCGCCGCGCCGCCGGACGAGGACAGCGGGGACAUCGCUGGGGACAUCGUUGGGGACAUCGUUGGGGACAUCGGCGGGGACAUCGGGAACAGCGGCGAGGACAGCGAGGAUUCUGGGGACAUCAGGGACAUCAAGGACGUUGGGGACAUUGGGGACAUUCAAAACAUCGGGGACCUUGGAGACAUCAAGGACAUUGGGAAUGUUGGGGACAUCAAGGACAGCGGUGACAUCAUCGGGGACAUCAUCGGGGACAUCGAGGUUCCCAAGGAUUUUGCGGACAUUGGGGACAUCGGGAAUGUGAAGGACAUCAGGGGGGUUGGGGACAUCAUUGGGGACAUUGGGGACAGGAGUGUCCCAAGCCUUGGGGACAUUGGGGACAUUGGGGACAUUGGGGACAGGAGUGUCCCAAACCUUGGGGACAUUGGGGACAUUGGGAUCACCGGCGAGGCAGGACAGGGCCGUGUCCCCAUCCCCUGUGAUGGGGACAGAGGGGACAGCGCUGUCACCAUCCUGAGGGACAUUGGGGACAUUGGGGACAGGGACAUCGGGGACAGGAGUGUCCCCAACCUUGGGGACAUUGGGGACAGGAGUGUCACCGUCCUGAGGGACACUGGGGACACGGGGGACAGGGACAGUGGGGACAGGGAUGGCGGUGACAAGAAUGUCCCAGUCCCAGGGGACAGUGGGGACAGGGACAUCACUGGGGACAGGGACAGUGGGGACAGUGCUGUCACCGUCCUGAAGGACAUUUGGGACAUCGGGGACAGGGACAGUGCAGACAGGGACAUUGGGGACAGGAAUGUCCCAGUUCCAGGGGACGUUGGGGACAGGGACAGCGGGGACAGGGACAGUGGGGACAGCGAUGUCACCACCCCGAGGGACAUCAGGGACAGAGGGGACGUUGGGGACAUUGGGGACAGCGCCAUCCCCACCGUGCUGGUCGAGGACAUCGGGGACAGCGAUGUCACCGCUCUGGGGGACAUUGGGGACAUCCCGGAGGAGCCCCCCGAUGAUGACAUCAUCGCCUAUGACGUCAUCGCCGCUGAUGUCACCGCGGCCGGGGAGGGCGAUGACGUCACAGAGGGGCGGGGCAGCCCCUCCCCUCCCCCAGCUGGUGACGUCACGACCGAGG